AACUUUUUUAUUUGAUUGAAUAAGUUUAAUAUUUAUAUCUUUUGUUUUAUUAAUUUCUUCUUUAGUUAUUUUUUACAGAAAUCAAUAUAUAGAGGCAGAUUUUAAUGUAAAUCGAUUUAUUUUAUUAGUAUUAAUAUUUGUUAUAUCUAUAAUAUAUUAAUUAUUAGUCCUAAUUUAAUUAGAAUUUUAUUAGGAUGAGAUGGUUUAGGAUUAGUUUCUUAUUGUUUAGUUAUUUAUUUUCAAAAUAUUAAAUCUUAUAAUGCUGGAAUAUUAACAGCUUUAUCAAAUCGUAUUGGAGAUGUUGCCUUAUUAUUAGCUAUUGCUUGAAUAUUAAAUUAUGGGAGAUGGAAUUAUAUUUUUUAUUUAGAAAUAAUGAAUAAAAGAUUUGAAAUAAAUAUUAUUGGUGUUUUAGUUAUAUUAGCUGCAAUAACUAAAAGAGCACAAAUUCCUUUUUCUUCUUGGUUACCUGCAGCUAUAGCGGCUCCUACUCCUGUUUCUGCUUUAGUUCAUUCUUCUACAUUAGUAACUGCAGGAGUUUAUUUAUUAAUUCGGUUUAAUAUUUUAUUAGAAAAUACUUUUAUAGGAAAUUUUUUAUUAUUAAUUUCUGGACUGACAAUAUUUAUAGCAGGAUUAGGGGCUAAUUUUGAAUUUGAUUUAAAAAAAAUUAUUGCUUUAUCUACAUUAAGACAGUUAGGUUUAAUAAUAAGAAUUUUAUCUAUUGGUUAUUAUAAAUUAGCAUUUUUUCAUUUAUUAACUCAUGCUUUAUUUAAGGCUUUAUUAUUUAUAUGUGCAGGAGUUAUUAUUCAUAAUAUAAAAAAUAUUCAAGAUAUUCGUUAUAUAGGGGGAUUAAGUAUAAGUAUACCUUUAACUUCUAGAUGUUUUAAUAUUGCUAAUUUGGCUUUAUGUGGGAUACCUUUUUUAGCGGGAUUUUAUUCAAAAGAUAUAAUUUUAGAAAUUGUUUUAUUAUCUUAUAUAAAUUUUUUUUCUUUUUUUUUGUUUUUUUUAGCUGGAUUAACAGUUUGUUAUUCUUUUCGAUUAGUAUAUUAUUCAAUAACUGGAGAAUUUAAUAAUCUUUCUUUAAAUAUAUUAAAUGAUAAAAGAUGGACUAUAAGAUUUAGAAUUUUUUUAAUAGUAAUAGCUAUUAUUGGGGGUAGAAUAUUAAGUUGAUUAAUAUUUUUUAAUCCUGAAAUAGUAUGUUUACCAUUAAAUUUAAAAUUAUUAACUUUAUUAAUUUGUUUAAUAGGGGGUUUUAUAGGAUAUUUAAUUAAUUAUGUUUCAUUAUUUUUUUUAAAUAAAUCUUUAAUAAUAUAUAAUUUUAGUUUUUUUAGAGGAAGAAUAUGAUUUAUACCUAUUAUUUCAACUUUAGGAAUUGUAAAAUUUCCAUUAGUUUUAGGUAAAAAUUCUUACCAAUAUUUUGAUCAGGGUUGAAGUGAAUAUUUUGGGGGUCAGAUAUUAUAUAAUCAAUUAAAAUAUUAUUCAUUAUUAGUACAAGAAUUUCAAAAUAAUAAUUUAAAAUUUAUUUAUUAAGUUAUAUAUUAUGAAUAAUUAUUUUAAUUUUAAUAAUUAUAAUUUUAAAUUAAAAUAAA